AGUGGGCUGCAGCACCGCGCGGCGACACGUCGAGUCGCACGACGAGUCGCAGAACACUCCAGCCAGACAGCGCCGCGCGCAGCACCGCGGAGACCUCCGCCAGGCCGUCUUUGUUGGCCGUCUCGCGCCAGGCGGCCAGGGCCAUGACCGUGACCGCGCGCGGUCGCGCGAAGGCAGAGUCCUCCUAGGGCCGCCGCCUCAGCAGGAGUCUUGCAGUUCUUCGAAAAUGCGGGCCACGGCGCUCGGCCAGGGCUUGCUCCAGCUGUCGCUGCUGCUGGCGGCUGCAGCUCAGGAGUUUGAGUUCCCGACCCAUGCCGCCGGUUCAGGCGUCCGCGAGGCGUGCGUGCUGGGCGGCCUCGGCGUCCCCGGCGGCGCGGCCGAGUGCCGGCCGCUGUCGGAGUGCCCCAGCGCGGUGGAGGACCGCCGCCAGGGCGGCCACCCGCAGCUGUGCGGCUUCCCGUCCGGAGGCUCCAGCAUGCCCGACGUCUGCUGUCCUCUGCAGUACGGCAGGACCAUGCCGUCGACGCCGCCCCCGCGGCCCGGCCCGCCUGACGGCCCGCCUGGCCUGUCCUGCGGCGCCUUCAACCGCAGCGUCGCCCUCGAGGACGUCAUCGGCGGUCCGGGCAGCGUGGCCAGAAAGAAGUGCCUGCAGUACCAGCGGCAGAUCUGCUCCGGCGAGGUGAGCAGAGAGGACAGGACCAAAUACGUCGCUUUCGGCGCCUACUUCUCCCCCGCCGACUCGAUGGAGUACCCCCACAUGGCUCUGCUCGGCUACGGCGAGAAGGACGCCGUCGAGUACAGCUGCGGCGGCUCCCUCAUCUCCCCGGACUUCGUCCUCACGGCGGCGCACUGCGUCGCCCUCGGCGCGUCCAGGGUGCGCUGGGUGCUGCUGGGCGCGCUGAACCGCACCGAGUCGCUGGCGGACAAGGGCACGCGGCAGCUGCUGGAGGUGGCCGAGGUGGUGGUGCACCCCGAGUACACGGUGCGGGCGCGCUACCACGACAUCGCCCUGCUGCGCCUGGCCGGGAGCGCGCGCCUCGCGGAGGACGACGUGCGGCCGGCCUGCCUGCACACCGACCUGGACGGCGACACGGACACGCUGCGCGGCGAGCUGGCCGUCGUCACUGGCUGGGGCGCGGAGGCCUAUGGCGACGACGGCAGCGAGAGGCUGCUCAAAGGCAACGUGACGCUGCGCGGGCUGGCCGAGUGCAACACCCUGGACUCGCGGCUGGCGCGGGGGCUGGACCCGCGGACGCACCUCUGCGCCGGCGGGGACGGCGCCAACCCCACCGACGCCUGCAACGGCGACUCCGGCGGCCCGCUGCAGUUCCCCGCCCUGCAGGGCGACCCCGCCUGCAUGUUCAGGGUGGCCGGCGUGGUGUCCUUCGGGCCGCCGUGCGGCAUCGGGCUGCCCGGCGUGUACACCAAGGUGGCGCCCUACGUGCCCUGGAUCGAGAAGAUCGUCUGGCCGGAGGCGCGGGCCGAGUGCUUCCCGGACACGGGGCCCGGCACGGUGGCGCGGCGCGCGUGCGAGCGGUACCUCCGGAGCUUCUGCGGCCGCAGCCUCCCCUUCCGCACGGCCGUGCCGGGCAGUCGCGAGGCCGAGCAGUGCCACUUCCAGGAGACGGUGCCUCCGGUCGGAGCCCCGCGGCCGGAAGAGGACGGCGGCGCCGCGCUCCCCGCCGCAACGCUGCCCUCGGGGCUGCCCGCCGGCCCUGGAGCCGGCCGCGGCUUCGAGUUCGCCGGCGUCACCGAGUUCCCCCACCAGGUGCUGCUGUCGUACGACCGCGAGGCCAGGGAAGUGGCCUGCGCGGGCGCGCUGGUCGCCCCCAACUACGUCCUCACGGCGGCCCACUGCGCCACGCUCGCUUGUGGCAGACAGGUGCAGCAGGUGCUGGUGGGCAAGAGGGCUCGCACUUCGAUCCCCAUCGACGUGCUGGACGUGGAGGCCGUGGUGGUGCACCCGCAGUUCGACCGCGACACGCGUCGCUACGACGUGGCCCUGCUGCGCCUGGCCCAGCCCGUCUCCCUCGGCAUCCAGGCCCGGCCGGCCUGCCUCCAGACGGACGGCGACGACGACGUGAUGGACAGCCUCCUCACGGCCUCCGGCAUGACGGCGACGGGCAGAUGGGAGGACGUCGAGGGGGAGAUGCGCAAGGCGACCGUCGGCGUGGAGGCCGCCGCUGCCUGCAGGGCGCGCCAGCCCCGCGUCGCCGACGUCGCCGACCACCAGCUGUGCACGAAGCCCGGCGGACCGCCAGUGCCCGGGGAGACGGGCGGGCCGAUCCAGGUCGUGCACCGCGUGCUGGACGGACUCAGCGUCCACCGAGUGGUGGGCAUCCUGUCCAGGCUGUCCCCGUGUGGCUCCGGACGCGACUCCGGACGCCCCGACGUCUACACCAAGGUGGCCGACGUCGUGCCCUGGAUCGAGAGCGUGGUCUGGCCAGCGGGCUGAGUGGAGCCGAAGGGGAGCCCAGACUCCGUGAAGGAUCUUCAACUUUGAGUCAGAAUAAAAGACGGCAUUCUCUUUGGA